UAGAAUUGAAUUGCUGUUUAUUUUAUAUGCUUAGGUUGGUUGGAAGGAAAGGUGCAUAGCACAGAAUGAUUCCCAAAUCUAUACAGCCACUUCAGUUUCAGACCUUGAAUGGUCUCCGACAACUCGCCGAAACUCGUCGUUACAAGGUUUGGUUGUUGGAUCAGUUCGGAGUCCUGCAUGACGGAAAACAGCCCUAUCCCGGUGCUAUUUCAACAUUAGAGAAUAUAGCAAAGAGUGGUGGUAAAAUGGUGAUUAUAAGUAACUCUUCAAGACGCUCUUCUGUCACUAUUGAAAAAGUUAAAAGUCUUGGCUUUGAUGCUUCUCUUUUCUUGGGAGCAAUCACUAGUGGAGAACUCACUCAUCAAUACUUACAAAGGAGAGAUGAUCCUUGGUUUGCAUCGUUGGGAAGAUCUUGUAUUCAUUUCACCUGGAGUGGCAGGGGAGCAAUAUCUCUUGAGGGCUUGGACUUGCAAGUUGUGGAGAAUGUUGAAGAAGCGGAGUUCAUUUUGGCUCAUGGAACUGAAGCUUUGGGGGAUGCCAACGGGAAUGCACGUUCAAUGAAUCUUGAAGGCCUUGAAAAAAUAUUGGAGCGUUGCGCUGCCAAAAGGAUUCCUAUGGUAGUAGCCAAUCCAGAUUAUGUAACUGUUGAAGCAAGAGAUUUGCGUGUCAUGCCCGGUACUCUAGCAGAUAAAUAUGAAAAACUUGGUGGUGAAGUGAAAUGGAUGGGGAAACCUCACGAGAUAAUAUACAACUCUGCGAUGGCGAUGGCUGGCACAGAUGUUUCUGACUGUAUUGCGGUGGGUGAUUCUCUCCACCAUGACAUUAAAGGUGCUAAUGCUGCUGGAAUCCAAUCAAUUUUAAUCACUGGAGGGAUUCAUGCGACUGAACUUGGACUCAAUGGUUUUGGAGAAGUAGCAGAUUCAUCUUCUGUAGAAUCACUUGCAACGAAAUAUAAUGCUUAUCCAUCCUAUGUGUUGCCGGCAUUCACAUGGUAGAACAACAAUAUAUUGUAAUUGUAUUUGUAAGAAAGUAUUUGUAUGAUUUUUUGGUAAUUUGUACAAACUGAAAAAUCUUUCUUUGUAAAAGCUAAAAAGUUUGUAUGAUUUUUUGAACUUUAUUACAAACUUGAUGAAAAAUCUAAAGUCUAACGAAAGUUGCAGCUGUCAAAAUUUGUUUGAUUU